AACCAUUUUGUCUUCCCUGGUUGAAGAAAUUAUUUUUCAAGUAAAAUUUUCAGUUUUAAAAACGGUUUUAAAUUAUUUUGGGUGCCAUUUAGCUAAGAUAAUAAUUGGGACGUUAAGACACGUAAAACUUAUAAAUUUUUAAAAGAGUUCAGUCAUCGCUUCAUCGCUAGUUUAAGAUGGAUUUUGUUACAACAAACAAUAAUGACUUUCAAUUUCCUUUUUAUAAGCAGGUUGUAGGAAAGCCAUGCGAGCCUCCCAAACCAAAUUCCACGCCGCUGGCACGUCCUCCACCUGUCGCUCCAUACAGUCACUGCGACUCCCACUCCUACUCCCCCCGAGUGGAGCAAUACAAGCAGCUGCUAGAGAAAGAGCAGAAGCUCUGCCAAGAUUAUGAACAUCUUCAGAAGCAGCUGGUGGACGUGACAAACGACAUUUUGGACCAUCCUUGCGAUGACCUGGACACGAAGAUGAUGACGAUGUACCAAGCCACAUAUAAAAAGAGAUCAUUCCCGGUGAGUGAAUACAGAAAGAUAAUGGCGGCCUCGCAGUCUGACGCACCGAUUCCGAUGGAGAGUCACAGACUGGGUAUCCUACGGUGCUACAAGGAUCCCACACACUUCACACCCAAACCCCCUACCGUUCGUCCCACAAUCCAACCGCCUAGGACGGUGCAUACGGGCGUAGCACCUAAAGCAGCAGAGGUCUGGUUCUCCGACUAUCCCGGUAGGACAGAAUACAUGGAUACCUACAGCUCGUCUGCAAAAUCCUCCUGGAGAUCCAUGCAGAGGUAUAAGGAACCUUUGCCGUCGACUCGUCGAAGAGCGGAUGUGUGCCUAUAAGCUUUGCAGCACAAAAGAUAAUUUUUCGUAACAUAUAAAUAUUUGGCUAAUCGUCUAGGUGUGAACUUAUUCAAGUAAUCGUUUAAUCCAC